AUGCCGGACACGAGGGCUAAGCCUGUCCCGGCAAGUGAGUUGUCAGCCUCAGAAGAAGCGACUCUACUCGAGGAGUACCUUCAGAGGCAACUGGAAGAUGAUGUUGCGAGAAUAUUUGACGAGUCAAUAUAUUCAGAUCUUGAGGUGGCAUGUGGGAAAUUAAAAAUACUUACGCAUUCUUGUAUACUAAAAGCACGUACUAAUAAAUUUUAUCAUAAACUUGAAACUUUCUUGCAUGUCAAUGUUGGACGCAGUAUCUUUGACGAAAUAUAUUCUUUUAUAAGUGAUGCAUACACUGAAUGUAACAUAAAGAAUCAAGAAAAGGAAAUUAUUGAAUAUUUAAAUGAAAAAUUUAAACUAGAAAAAAUUGAUUCUACAGAGCCUAAAAAACGAACCGAGUUUGUUACCACCGAUGAGCAUGAAGUUUUUUUGACACCUAAGUGUCUAAGUCCAUAUACUGAUAAAGAUUUUAAAAAUAGUUGUCUUAGCCCAAGCACAGAAUUGACGAAGGAGUACUAUGCUUUGGUACCAAUAGACGGAAAUUUACUUGAACAAGAGCUCAACGAACAAGAUGCUUUAUCUAAUGCGUUUCAAUCUAUUAUAAAUACUCAACCUAAAGAGAUUAAUAAAUCCCUGAUUUCACCUCGGGCUAAACCUACUACUCUGUCCCUUACUUCUAGUCACACAUCGAAAAUAGUAAAACAUUCCAACAGUUGUGAUAAUUUAGUUAGCUGUCAUUACGAAGAUACUUCCCUUCAAAACGAUAAAGUAAUAGACAAGAAAAUCACUUUUACUAGUCAUAAAUCUAAAAUAUCCCAAGGUUCCGAAUCUAUUAAAACUUUCCAUAAUACUAAUAAGUCUUUAAGUAACGGCGAAUCAGUCGUUGGUAAAAUAAUCGAUCCAAAUUAUUCACCAGACAGCUUAAUUACUGACGAUCCUAGUUCGUCAUCAGAUUACUUAUCUGCAGCUUACAAUUGUUCCCCUGGAAUAAGCUCUUCAGUUUGCCUACCGCAAUUAAAUGUUGGGGAUACCAUUACGAAAAUGGAUAACAUAUUCACCUCGUCAGAUUCGGGAUUGGAGAACACUGGUUUAUUGGAGAGUCUAAGUAGCCAUAAAGAUAUCACAAUAACUGAUAUCUCCUUGACAGAAAGCACGAUUCACGAACUGACAGGUGAUUUAAAUCAUCCACAAGAUACUCCGACUAGUUCAACAGGAGAAAAUCAGUUUCAAAAAUGGAAAUACAUUUCCUCGCGUGGUGAUAAAGCAUCAUUAAGUGGUACGUCUACUGAUACUAGUAAUGGACAAAAAUGCAUUUCACCACCUAAAAUAAAAGAUACAAUGGCGAGCAACUCAUCAAAGGAAGAAAAACAGCGACAAAAUGAAGAAAUAGUAAUUUUGGAAUCUUCUUCGGUGUCUUCCGAAACAGGGUCGUGGGAAUCGGUAUUCCCUCCAAAGUUAGUUGAAAAAGAAAUUUGUGAGAAAUUUAUCAAUAACGAAAGACAAUUUACUAACGAUCAUGUUACAAUUAUAAAAGAAUGCCCUACUAAUUUUCCGGAAAAUUUAUCUCCAAGUUUAGUCCAAAAGUCACCUUUUAAAUCUACUGCUUGUUUCAUUGAUGCUGCAAGUUUAGUAGACGAAGAAGACGAUACACAAAUUAUACCAAAGUCUUAUAAUGUACAAAAAGAGCAAUCAGAAAAGAAGAAAUCUGAUACCCUACCUGCUCCAAGUCAGCCAGUGCCGUGUACCACCGUUAAUAAACAGGAUAUUAGUCCAAAUGAUUGGUCCGAAAGCAAUGAAAUCGAAGAUUCUUUAGAACAAGGAGAUAACAGGGAUCCAGAUUCGAUACAAAAAGAUUUGUCACCAACAAUUUUUGAAAUGACACCUAUUACGGAAGAUUCAUUCAGCACAAAUGUUUUUGAAAAUACAACACAUCUUGAUGCUGAUAUAAAAGAAGAAGCUAAUAACAGAAUAAGGAAACCUGAAUCAGAUUCUACUACAACUGUAUUCAUGUCGGAUACACCACAUAAUUCCAUUUUGUCACUCAAAGACUCCACAAUAAACAACAAACUGUUUAAUUUAGAAGAAAGUGAAAGUAAUGUGGCAACUAUGGAAAGAGAUUUAAAAAAGAAUAUAAAUGUAAAGUAUAAUGAAUCAUCACCUAUCAUUUCAGGAGGAGCUUCAAUAGAAGACCAUUUGCCCCAAAACUGCAAAAUUUUAGAGCACUCAUCGGAAACAUCUGAUGGACCAGUCAAUAAAUUUGAUGUCUGUAAUAGCAAAAAAUCUCCAAAAACUUGUGUCUCCGCUUGGGUAGUUGAUAUGUCAGGUAUAAAGUCUGAUGAUAGAAGUUCUAAUGUGAAUAUCAGUAACAAUAAACCUGGAGACCGAACAUGUGAAAAUUUAAAAAAUGAAUCUAAAUUUACCAACUAUACUGAAAGUUGUAACAAAAGUGGUUCCGUGGAUUCCGAUAGUAGUGAAAAAUCCAGUCAUAAAUUCUAUAUUGAUCUAUCAAGCUUACCUGAUCCUCUACCACCAGAGAAUAAUAAAGAUAACGAAAUGCUGGCUGAGAAAAAGAACAUGUUUUCGAUGUACAUAGAUUUAGGUGAGAAAUCAACCUUAAAAGAAAUGCCUGCUAGACUUUCGUCUUCGCUUAACACAAAAAAGCAUAUUUUAAAUGAUACAAAAAGUGUAACGAAGACUUCAAAGACCGGAAAAUAUAUAUCUAAUAUCCAUGAAACACAGCCUAAUGAAAUACUGGAACAAAACAGUGGCGUAGACAUUUUUGAAAAAUAUGAGUCAUUAUGCAAUGAUCCAAACGUGAGUAUAUCUGAAAUUAUUGCUAUUCCCGAGGAACAGUCUAAAACGAAAGAUAUUGAUUUGAGUUCAACAAAGAAAAUCGAGCAUUGGCGUGGUGUUAACGGGGAUAAAAUACAUCACACAAUUGCAACAACUAUAAUUGAAGAAGAACCAGUAAUUCAACAGUCUCCUGAUCUUUUUGUUAAGUUGUCAGAUUUAGAUAAACCCAUUAAUAAAACUGACAUCGAAAUGUCCUUUUUAAAACAACAUAAUGGUACCGAUAGAUUAGAUGUAAGGAUGACAAGAUCGAUUCCUGAAAAUAAUUGGAGAGAAAAUCAUGCGUCAACUUCGAGGUCUACGGAAAUAAUGAGCUCAUUUCAUUCUGAAAACGCGUUAAGUUUAAACAGGUUAUUUCCUCACUUGAAAAAUGAAUUCAGCAAAAGUAUGCCUGGAUCUCUGUCUGGUAGAACUCAGUCUCCAUUACGUCAAGGAGCUUCUUCGAGUCACGGAGAACUAGAUGAGCAAACAUCAGACAUCUCGGAACUAAGCAGUGUCCAAAGUAGUAUCUGUCGCUCGGUUGUUGAUAAUAGUACUACUGAAGACACAAGCCAGACAUCUAGUUUAAUAGCCAGCUGCCAAUCUCGUCUGGGUCAAGACUUGUUACGGAUGUUUUUAGAGGAAAUAGCACCUGAUGUCAUAGUUGAAGUCUCUGGCAAACGUAUAAAGGCGCACAAGUGCAUUUUGUCAUCAAGAUGUCAGUAUUUUGCGGGUAUUCUAAGCGGUGGUUGGGUGGAAAGUGCUGGCAAUGUUAUUAUUUUGCCACCAUUUUCGCACAACGUAGUACUGUUUGUUUUAUGCCACAUAUAUUCGGGCAUAUCAGUGAUCCCUGAUACAAUAAGUAUCGUGGAGCUCGCUACGAUUGCCGACAUGUUGGGCUUAGAAGGGCUCAAGGAAGCCAUCAUGUUCACGCUAAAGACUAAAUAUUGUCACCAUUUUCACAGGCCUUGUCAGGUGUGUAUAGCGGGUGUUCUGGAAUGCUUCCCGCUGACGUCGGUGUACGGUCUGGACGAUUUGUAUCGCAAAUGCUUAAGGUGGAUAACAAAAUAUUUCACUAAAGUAUGGCCUACCAAAGCGUUUGCUACACUGCCCAAGGAGCUUUUGGAGAAAUGCUACCGGGAGCAAAUUGUAAAUUUCUCGUCGGAGACAUUUAUUGAUUUGGUGUAUGGUUGCGGUAUAACCGUCGCAUCAUUACAAAACAGCAGAUGGGCAGAGAGCGUGGCGCGACUUUGCAAGCGUUUAAUGAACGCGGCUGCUUACUUCGCCGCUGGGCGUCUUGUGGAGAUUUUUAAAGCGAUAUCGUCGAUGCCAGCCGAAGCCCCGCGGCCCGCUAAACACGCUCUCGAAGAGUGCCUUGCUACCGCCAUCGAAUGGGCCCCCUCAGAAGAAACGUGCCGUGCCUAUGCAUUCCUUUCCGGACUAGUAAAAGAUAAGCACAACCAAUUCUCGAAGCCUGAUCUCAUUAGCAACGGCAAUCAAGCGUCCAAAGCUACAGGACAGAGCAACCUUCUUUACACCCACGGCAGUUGCUGGCGAUUGCAGUGUGAGGGCGCUUUAGUACGUGCCGCACCUCGAGUUGUGGGUACACAAGCUUUUAAGGAUCUACCCUCCGACUUACGGAAGAGAUUACGCGAACUCGGCUGCAUCAUGUAUGGUGCCCAAGCUAUUCCCGUUACUCCUUCCCCCCUCCAAGACAGGAAAAAUAAAUCACAUCAUCACAAUAAGACGCCCAAAUCGAACAACUCUAGUAACUCUCGCAACUUGGAUAUGGAACAUGUGCGCGCUCUGUUCGUUCCAUAUGCAUCAAAACCUGUUACACAGAUUAAUCCACGAGAUAUCAUUAAGAGCAACAACGAACUCAAGGACUUAAAGAAAUCGGCGCGUACGAUCCCACCGAAGGUCAGAACGACCAAAGCCCAAGAGGAACGCGCCAAAUACAAUCUGAUCAAAACAAAUAAGUCGCAAGAAAGAAUCAACACGAAAACCCAAGGCGGACGACUGAACGCAUUUCAAAAUACUAAACCUAGAUAUUUAGAGCCGAGAACAAAAGAUAACGAGAAGAAAAUUCCACCCAAAACCCAUAUACACAAAAUCGUUUCGUCCAGUGAAUCGUCAAGGAACUCGAGCCCAGUGCAAAAGAACCUAAGGGCCAGUCGCGCAAAGAUAAAGCAAGCCUGUGAAGCUAAAGCGCAAGCUAUGUCACAAGACAGCUUAGCGACGUCAUCACGUCCAAGAACGGCAGAGCCUUCUACAGAUUCUCUUAGCGAGUCUCAAGCGAGUAAUAAAUACGCAACCUACACCAAAAUAAAACACGCAAAAAACAAAGGAUCCAUUGAAUCCAUUAAAGUCGCCAAAUGUCAAUCUGCUCAAACAGUUUUGAAUCCCGCCGGGAAAACAAAGAUACCAGUGCUUGUGAGUCAAAUAUCAAAGUCGGAGAACCACGACUCCCAAAGGCAAUACAAUUCUAACAGAAAAUUUUCAAUAACCAAUUCGAUGCCGUCGACUUCGCACAGAGAGACUACAAGAAAAGUGACCACAUCACUAAUGAACGCAACCAAAGCUAGUCAAGCAAAAAUGGUGCCGAAAAUUACGAAAGAGUGCAAAGGCGUGAGCUUGAAACAAUCCAAACAUGCAACAAAACACAUGAGCAGGCAAACACAGGAACGCGUGCCUGACAUACCGGUGAUGGAACGUUCCGGAACAUUCCUCAAGGAUGAACCAACAUUUGGCGAUAAAACUACAAAUCUAGACGUAGGCCAGUAA